GAACUAAAAUAAAGUUGUCACUUCUUGUGUACGUUUAUCUGCCGUCGAUGUUGCAUAUAAAAAAAUAUUACAAAAAUCAGUGGAACAUUUCAAUUGAGUAAAAUAGAUGUCGUCAAUCCGCAAAAAGGACGGAGGAUCUUAACCAUAAAAUUAAAUUCUUAUUAGACUCAUAACAAAGUCCUUUGUUAAAGCUUUCUAACCUACAAUACUUGACUCCAACCUGUCAAUUAACUUUUUUAAAGUGAAUAAUCUGGUGAUAUAUCAUUUAAAAUGCUGCAAGCACUUCGGGAGAGGUCACAGAAACGUAAAAAAUUGCUAGCCCAAACGCUUGGAGUGUCGAGUGUCGAUGAACUUCGUCAAGUUCUGGGAACAGAGGUGGACAAUUCCCAGCGAAAAAAAUCACGAACGAGAUCCCUGGACCCUGACGAUGAAAAAUCAAAAAGCCAAAAGGACAACAACCUCCCAGCCGAUGAAAUCGUCUACAAGGAUUCGUCAACAUUUUUAAAGGGCACCCAGUCAUCAAAUCCCCAUAACGACUACUGCCAGCACUUCAUCGACACUGGCCAACGACCUCAGAACUUCAUCCGAGACGUGGGCCUUGCUGACAGGUUCGAGGAGUACCCCAAACUUCGAGAAUUAAUUAAAUUAAAAGAUGACUUGAUAUCUGACACUGCCACUCCUCCCAUGUAUCUCAAAACGAACCUCUCGACUUACAAUCUCAAAGAGCUCAAUUGCAAGUUCGAUGUGAUCCUCAUAGAGCCACCCCUCGAGGAAUACCAGAGGACGUGUGGAGUAACGAACGUCGAGUUAUGGAACUGGGACCAGAUAAUGGAGUUAGACAUCGGAGAAGUGGCAGCAAACAGGAGUUUCGUCUUUCUCUGGUGUGGGAGCAGUGAUGGUCUGGACAUGGGCCGUUAUUGCUUGAGGAAAUGGGGCUUCAGGAGGUGCGAGGACAUCUGCUGGAUCAGAACCAACAUUGAUAAUCCUGGCCACAGUAAGAAUUUAGAUAGCAAAGCUGUCCUUCAGAGAACCAAGGAGCAUUGUUUGAUGGGGAUCAAAGGAACUGUUCGAAGGUCCACUGAUGGAGAUUUCAUUCAUGCGAAUGUCGAUAUCGACCUGAUUAUUUCCGAGGAACCAGAGUAUGGCUCUAUUGAGAAGCCUGUCGAAAUAUUUCAUAUCAUUGAACACUUCUGUCUGGGGAGGAGAAGGCUUCAUCUAUUUGGCCGUGACAGCACAAUAAGACCUGGUUGGUUGACGGUGGGUCCUGAAUUGACAAACACAAAUUUCAAUGCAGAUCUCUACAGCAGUUACUUUGCCACCGGGCAAAUAACGACAGGUUGCACAGAGAGGAUCGAAGCACUUCGUCCAAAAUCUCCUCCACCAAAGGGCAAGGUAUCAGGAAGGGGCAGAGGGGCCUUCAAUCGCAGUGGACGGGGUCGAGGAAGAUGAAAUAAUCUUCAACGUUCUGUUUUGCUUCCAUAUUUUUAAGACGGGAUUAAUCAGCAGGAAAAAAAUAUCUGAAGCUCAAAUGAUAAACAAAGAAAAGUUGAAAUACGAAAUAGCUAAUGGGCCAUAUAUUUUUUCUCUAUUAAGUAUUAUCGAUCAACAAAAAAUGAUUCAUCCCAUUAUGAAGGUGAACUAAUCAGUGCGAUUUUUACU